ACGCGGCGCUCCCGGCUGGCAGCGCCCGGGGCCGGGCGGAGCAGAGCGGGGCGGGCAGAGCCGGGCCGAGCGGCGUACGGGGGUGGCGGCCCCUGCAGGACACCCGGAGCCUCGGCAGCCGCCGCCGCGCAGCCGGCGGUGUCAGUGCCACGGUGUCCGCCGGGGAGCGAGAGGCAGCGCCGGCGCCCGCCCGCCCGAUCCCCGCGGCCAGGCCCCCGCAUGCAGCCCUCACCCUGGAGCGGCGGCGGCGGCGGAUCGAGGAGCUCUCGAGGUCCUCCCGGCAGCGGCUGCUGCAGUCGCGGGACAGGAUGUUCUCCAAGUUCACCUCCAUCCUGCAGCACGCCGUGGAGGCGCUCGCGCCUUCCCUUCCUUUACAAGAAGAUUUUGUUUACCACUGGAAAGCAAUCACCCAUUACUACAUAGAGACCUCAGAUGACAAAGCUCCUGUGACUGAUACAAACAUUCCCUCUCACCUGGAACAGAUGUUGGAUAUUCUAGUUCAGGAAGAGAAUGAGAGGGAAUCGGGUGAAACAGGACCAUGCAUGGAAUAUUUGCUACAUCACAAGAUUUUGGAGACACUGUACACACUAGGAAAAGCUGAUUGUCCUCCAGGAAUGAAACAGCAAGUUCUGGCUUUUUAUACAAAACUUCUUGGAAGAAUUCGGCAACCUCUUCUUCCUCACAUAAAUGUGCAUAGGCCAGUGCAGAAAUUAAUCAGGCUGUGUGGUGAGGUUCUGGCAACACCAACAGAAAAUGAAGAAAUUCAGUUUCUCUGUAUAGUAUGUGCAAAGCUGAAACAGGAUCCAUACCUUGUCAACUUCUUCCUUGAGAGUAAGUUAAAAGCCAUGGCUCUCCAAGGAUCAGCGAGUGUGAUCACAGAAGACAUGAUCAAAGAGCAGGAGUCGGUGAGCACAGACACGGGGCAGCCCGAGGAGACGCCCAGGGCUGCCGGGGCCGAGCUCAUGGAGAAGGAGGAUGAGCUCCCACAGCAGCCAGAGGAGCUCUCCUUCAGCCUGGAUGAACUCAAUGUCACAUCAUCACCUGAGUCCUCCACUGCUGGUCCAAAUCAAGACUAUAAUUUAGUGAAUUCUCUACUAAACCUCACUAAAAGUCCUGACGGCCGGAUAGCAGUGAAGGCCUGUGAAGGUCUCAUGCUUUUGGUGAGUUUGCCAGAACCAGCAGCUGCCAAGUGCCUGACUCAAAGCACUUGUUUAUGUGAAUUGUUGACAGACAGGCUGGCCACCCUCUACAAAGCCUUGCCUCAGUCACUGGAUCCCUUAGACAUUGAAACAGUGGAGGCAAUUAACUGGGGUUUGGAUUCCUACAGCCACAAAGAAGAUGCAUCUGCUUUUCCAGGGAAAAGAGCAUUGAUUUCAUUUCUUUCUUGGUUUGACUACUGUGAUCAACUCAUCAAAGAAGCACAAAAGACGACUGCUGUUGCUAUGGCAAAAGCUGUGCGGGAACGAUUCUUCAUUGAUGUUAUGGAACCUCAGCUGAUGCAAACUUCAGAGAUUGGAAUCCUCACAUCAACUGCGCUGUUGCACCGCAUUGUUCGUCAGGUGACUUCAGACGUGCUGCUGCAGGAACUGGUGUAUUUCAUCCUUGGAGAGCACAGAGAGCCAGAAACCCUGGCAGACAUCAACAGGCAUCCAUUGAGGCACAGGCUGAUCGAGCACUGUGAUCACAUUUCUGAUGAGAUCAGCAUAAUGACUUUACGAAUGUUUGAGCACCUUUUGCAAAAACCCAAUGAGCACAUCCUUUAUAAUUUGGUUCUGAGAAAUUUGGAAGAAAGAAACUACAUGGAAUACAAGCCUCCCUGUCAAGAAGAUAAAGAUGUGGUAGAGAAUGGACAGAUUGCUGGAGCAGUAGAUCUGGAGGAAGAUCCAUUAUUUACUGAUCUGUCUCCAGAUAACACAUUGUCAGCUCAGGAGUGGCUCAGUGCUUCUCCACCUGUCAGUCCAGAACAUCCGAAAAAUGAUGGGAAGACUGAAGUUCAUAAAAUUGUAAAUAGUUUUCUCUGUCUUGUACCUGAUGAAGCAAAGUCAUCAUACCAUGUGGAGGGUACAGGUUAUGAUACUUACCUCAGAGAUGCCCACAGACAAUUCCGGGAUUAUUGUGUCGUUUGCUUACGGUGGGAGUGGCCUGGAUCUCCCAGGUCUUUGGAAAAGUGCAAUUUGGAAGCGUCAUUUUUUGAAGGACACUUCUUGAAAGUUCUGUUUGAAAGAAUGGGCAGGAUUCUUGAUCAGCCCUAUGAUGUAAAUUUACAAGUUACUUCAGUGUUGUCCAAACUGUCCCUGUUUCCCCAUCCUCACAUACACGAAUACCUUUUGGAUCCUUACGUCAACCUCGCCUCUGGCUGCAAGUCUCUCUUCUCUGUGAUUGUCAGGGUCGUCGGGGACCUCAUGGUUAGAAUCCAGCGCAUCCCAGAUUUCACUCCCAAACUUCUGCUGGUCAGAAAACGCCUGCUGGGCUUGGAGCCAGAAGGGCCCAUCAUUGACCACAUGACGUUACUAGAGGGCGUGAUUGUGCUGGAGGAGUUCUGCAAGGAGCUGGCCGCGAUCGCCUUUGUCAAGUACCACACCUCAGCCACGCCCUGAGCAGCCCGGGCCAGCCCCCCCGGGGCCACCGACGGCACCCAGAGACAAGGGGGUGCCUCCGGCAAAGUGGCACAAAAGGGGAUGUUGGCAGGACAAGCUGCUUUCACCAGAAGUUGAGAUUGCAAAUGGACUUGGAGUAUGAGCAUUUGGGGAGAAACCAACAGGCAGCAUUUCUGUGUGAAGAGCUGCAAAAGCUGCAUGAAGAACCACAGCCAUCAGACCUUGGUCAUUCUGAUGACAGUGUUUAGAGAGUUUGGGCUCUUGUAUGUCCUGGGGCUCAUGUGCACCAAUUUGCUCUUUGUGACCAUAUUACUUUUAAAAAAGCAAAUUAAUUUUAUAACAUUUUUAUGUGUUAAUUCUUCUUCUUUUCAGUUGGAUGUAUGAAAGAAAAACACACCUAUAGUAGCAACGUAUGUUAUUAAAAAUGAAGAAGUUGAAAAAAAUCCACCAAUCCAUAUACAACAGGAGAUGUUAAUGAGGGAUCAUUUUGCUCUUGGUAGUUCUUAAGUACAACUCUGAGCUUGAUUCCUCAUUGGUUUACUCCAAGAAAUCUAUCAGUCUAAGAUCAAUACUAAAGAAAUUAAUCCUGAUUUGGCAUCACAUCCAUAACAAAUAUAUCUGAAGUGUACAUGUUUGUAGCAUGCUUGCCUCUGUCAUUCCAAGUGAUUGGUCUCCAGGUCAUCCAUGUAACUAGAUUUGCUUUAGCUUUUUACAUAGGAACUCUAGUUGUUUGCCUCAUGUCACCUUUACAUUAUAGGUUAAUUAUAGGUCAUAAGUAGUUGUUGCUGAAACAGUAUUUUUAAUUUCUUUUAAAUUGAUAUUAGUCUGAAUUGGUUUAAGAAUCUUUUGUGCCUUGAAAAUCGGCAGCAUAAGCAUUCUGUUCUUUAGAGAGACAUUUUUAUUGCUUAUCUAACCAUCACAGUGAUGCCAACUCACUUAAAGCAUUGAUAACUUACUUAGGACCAAAAUUUGCACCUGCUUUUCACAGUGCUGGGAUGCAGGAAUGCCUCUCAGUGACCCCUUUUGCCUGAGAAUGCCAUCAGGCAGGGCAGGCACUGGCAUUGCAAGCAGAGGCCACUUCAGGGAGCUUUGCUCAGAGGGUCCUCACUGCAGUCACUCCCAGUGACCUGUCCUGCUCCCCACACUCGUGGGUAGAACCCCUUUCCCCUCCUUUGAGCAAGGCCAGGUAGAGCUCAGCUCCUUCUGUUUACAUUGUCUUUCCUCCUUUCCUGCCCCCUGUUUGCACAGCUAAUGCCCAUUUCAGAUGUCAUUGCUCAUAUGCAAACAUGGUCUAAUUUAUUCAGUCACUACAAUUCCUCUGGAUUUACAUGACUGUACCUAGAAUCAGAUUCUGCUCUUUAUCUAUGCCUUUGAGGUCUUGUUUUUUAAUAUUUAUGGAAGCUGGAUGUUAAGAGACCUUCUAAGUUAGCAGGUUAAUUAGAGCAGUGUCACAGUUAAUGGGCUAAAUUUAUUCUUGUCACCAGUGAAGAGCAUCCUGCUGUAAAAGCUUCCAGUACAGGUUCAGCUGGAGAAAGCAGUUCUAGAACUAGGGAAACAUUUUUGUAGGUAAAAUCUGUAUUCAGUGGCUCCCUGUACUGGGACACUUUUGCAAACACUGUUGCAUUUCUCUGGUAAACAAAAGCAAGUUUUACUUCUUCACCUACUGGGUUUUUCCUGCAUUUACCUCCAAGUGUUUUCAGGUCCAAGUAGCAUAGUAGGACAAAAUUUGAAAAAAUUACACUUCAUUUUUCUUCUUGAGAAACAUACCUUGAAUAUAGCAAAUAAUUUCUAGUGAUCUGCAUUGCAGACAGUCCACAUUAGGAGUUUACUUAAUACCUGACACAUAGUUUAGAACAUGUUGAUGUCUAUGCAGAGUGAUGUUUAAUGCAUACAUUUGUUAUUUAUAAGGUCCCAAUUCAGCCAAACAGUUAAAUAUAAGCUUAAUUUCAAGUAUUUUUUCCUUAAAUCACAAUCUUUUUACAUGUACAAAGUUAAGCAGUUGAGCAGAAAUGCUGAUGCUGUACUGAAUUUGGGUCUUUGUUGGUUUUGCUUGAGCUUAAUUACUUUUUCCUCAAAUCAUCUAUUUUUUUUUAAGCAUAUGAUCCAGAAUACUUCUAAUGUCCCAAUUUCAGUGGAAACUGGAAGUGAUAAUACUGCUAUAAAUGAAAGUGAGUGAAAUGUUAAACAAAACUUGAACGAGCAUUCCGAGUAAUAUAAGAAUUGAUAAAGCCAUUCAAGAGUUGCCUGAUCUCAAAUGAAAGCAUUAACAUCAUUUCCUUUGUUUGGCUCUUUUCAGUGGUAGCUGAACUCACCACCCUGUGUUCUAAUGCACAGCACUGCAGAGCUGCAAACACAGCUCCUUAAGCUUGUCCAUGAGAAAAAUAAGUAGAUUGAACUAUGACCACCCUUAAAUUCAGGCUAUGGAUCCAUCCUCACACAACUGAAGCAAUCCUUAAAGUUGCUGUAACCUAAACUGCUUUUGUGAGUGCUGCCUACAAACCCUUAUUACCAUACCUGAUGACAAUGACCUUUACUUUUGUAAAAGUGCUUUAAUCUUUCUUAAGAGAUGGAACUCAUUUAAUUAUUUUUGUGGAGAUAUUUUUCAUGCACUUUUUUUUUUAAUGAUUAGAAGUUAGUUCAGGUCCAUGUUUUCACCUUUUUGAUCUAUGCAUAUCAUUGAGGAGCCCAUUUUGUUUCUGUGUGCAUGUGUUUGUAUGUGGUUAUUUAUUACCCAGAGAGGGCCACCAGAGAAAAUACUUGGCCUGAAGAGUUCAUGGCUUGUGCAGAUCCUCCAGAUGUCAGUGGGAAAGAAAAGUGCUCAUCACCUUAGAGAAUGGGGCCACUGGUAUUAGAUAGAAAUACUUGAGAUGGGAUAGAAUAAUUUUUUAUUUCAAAAAGCAGAUCCAAACCACAUUCUAAUCUUUGAUGCACACGUGUGUAAAUAGAAGCAUUGUUUUAUUUUUUUUUUCAUUUAUAGUAUGUAUUUGAUUUAGACUGAUUUAGAAAUUUUUGUAAUAAGCCAUGUGCUAGCUCUGGUAGAACAAGUUUGUCCUUAGGUUCUCCUCUGACUGUAAUAUUCCUGGUAUUCAGAUUCUGUCUGUGUAAUGUUCUUACUCUAUAUUUGUCUGUGCAAUAUAAAAGCUGUGACUUGAUGCACAGCUUGAGUCUGGUUGUACAUCACCUAUGUAUAUAUAUAUAUACAUAUAUAUAUAAAAGGACCAGAAUCCCAAGCUUGCUUACACUAUGAUUAGUGUAAAGAUUGCCACACUUCAUUUUACAGGGCACAAGUAAUCAUGGAAUGGCUUUGUAAGUGCAUGGUAAUUUCUACCAUAACCUGCUGUGCAAUCUCACAGGUGACAUUUUAUUAGUGCUCUUUGUCUUGCUAGAAGAAAUACUAACCUGAAGGACUUGGUGAGAUUAAAGGGUCCUGGAGUAGACCUGGGGCUACAUGGAAAAUCCAUAUCUGAUAUUGCAUAUCAUACAGGGUUUUCAAACCAUGUCCUCAAUGCUUUCUGUGCCCUGUAAAAUAGUGUAAUUAUAUAAAAUAUAUACUCCUUGUUUUGCCUCCUGCCUUGUUUACAUUAAACAGAGGAUAUUCAGUAAAAAUUUUCUAAUAAACUUUGUGUAGGUCACUUACUAACAGUGUUGCCAAGGUUUCACAGAUGUGGGAAUUUCCAAUGAGGAAUUGUUGAAACAGCCACAUUACCAGACAUACAAUAUUAAGUUUUAUGAAGGAGGUUGUGAUAAAACUCAACUUUUUGUGCUAAAAAAUGCAUGGAGGAUUAAAAGGGAUAUUCUCAAAAUAAAUUAAUUUCAGUGAA